UUCGUAGCGCUCCGUCUGGAAAAUCGCCUGGAAUAAAAAGUCUAAUAAUAAUCAUUAUUUUCUAUUAAUAACGGACGCCGUUAUAAGCGUAUUACAGCUGCACGGAGGUAGGCUGGCUUUCCUUCUCGGUGUAUAUAUAUAUACCGGACAGCCGCACAGUAUGGAGAACUGCUGUAUGUUUACGGACUGUAUCUCUUACCACGAAGCAGAGCUACUGCGGCUUUAUUCUUUUAGCAGCUAGCGUUUACUUUAAAUCCGUGGCUUUAUUUUACUAGGUACUAUUAAACAAGUAAGCGUCUCCUUUACACCGGGCUAUAACCCACUCUGCGUGACCUGAUUUCUACUAUUACAACCCGUUGAUGGACAGCCUCUGUUAUACAACUGUAGUUAGUUAGCUACGAGCAGCCCGUUGGUGCCUUAACUACCUCAUCUGUAAAGGAAUGCCUGGAACCAAAUUGUGAGUGUUUCUGUGUGAAGCCUGACUGCAAGUUUUCAGCGAAAAUGAAAUCGCCCCUGGCUCCCGGCAUACGACUUAUCACAUCGUUUUCCCGAGAUAGUUGGUAUCGCGGUUUCAUUCUUUUCCUCACUUUCAUCUUCUACACAGCCUAUCAUCUGUCGCGGAAACCUAUCAGCAUUGUAAAGAGUGAGCUUCACAGAAACUGUUCCACAGUCAUUCGGCCAGCAGACCUCAACGUAACCAAUAAUGCCACCUGGUGUGACUGGGCGCCCUUUGACCAAGACAACUAUCAGACACUCUUUGGGGUUUUGGAUAACUGUUUCCUGAUUGCCUAUGCCAUUGGCAUGUUUUUCAGUGGGAUAUUUGGAGAGCGCCUGCCUCUGCGGUACUAUUUAAGUUUUGGGAUGCUGAUGAGUGGAUUGUUCACAGCUCUGUUUGGCCUGGGCUUCUACUGGAACAUCCACUCAUUGGCGUACUAUGCCUUCAUCCAGGUCAUGAACGGGCUGGUGCAGACCACCGGUUGGCCUGCAGUGGUGGCUUGUGUCGGCAACUGGUUUGGAAAGGGGAAGCGUGGGUUCAUCAUGGGUGUCUGGAACUCCCACACCUCAGUAGGAAAUAUCUUGGGCUCCCUCAUCGCAGGAGUCUUUGUCUCCACAGCUUGGGGAAUGUCCUUCAUUGUCCCAGGGAUCAUCAUCGCCACCACCGGGAUCCUGUGCUUCUUCUUCCUGGUUGAGAAACCUGAAGACGUUAACUGCACUCUUCCUCAGCACCAUGGGGAUCAGGAAAGCGGUGAAGCGGAGCCUCUCCUGCAGAAUUCACCCCACGUUGACCGAACCAUCAACAGUGUUAUCUCCACUGACUCUCCGGAAGUUGUCGAGGACCACACCCAGGCCAUUAGCUUCUGCGGGGCUCUCAGUAUACCUGGAGUGGUGGAGUUCUCUCUUUGUCUGUUGUUCGCCAAGCUGGUCAGCUACACUUUCCUGUACUGGCUUCCUCUCUACAUUUCAAAUGUUGCACAUUUUGAGGCAAAAGCAGCAGGAGACAUGUCGACACUGUUUGAUGUAGGAGGAAUUGUGGGAGGCAUUAUGGCAGGCCUUGUGUCUGACUACACCGGUGGUAGAGCGACAACUUGCUGCUUCAUGUUGGUUGCUGCUGCCCCCAUGCUUUUCCUCUAUAAUUACAUUGGACAAAGGAGCCUUGGUACUACAGUAGGUAUGCUCCUGGUCUGUGGAGGCCUGGUAAACGGACCAUACGCCCUCAUCACUACUGCUGUAUCUGCUGACCUGGGAACACAUGAGAGUCUGAGAGGAAACUCCAGGGCAUUGUCAACAGUGACAGCAAUCAUAGACGGGACUGGUUCAAUAGGAGCUGCAUUGGGUCCUCUGUUAGCCGGGCUGAUCUCUCCCACUGGCUGGAACAAUGUCUUCUACAUGCUCAUCUCUGCUGAUGUCUUAGCAUGCCUGUUUUUGUCCAGGCUUGUUUAUAAGGAAGCUCAGGGUUGGUGUGGGCGUGCGUCUCGAGUCAGAGGGUUCAAAGAAAUCUGAAUUACUUGCACAAGUAAACUGGGAGCCAAACAAACAAGAGAGGAGAACAAUGCUGGAACUGACCUCACUGUACACGGAACAAACUCUUUCCAUUGUGGCUAAAUGGAAAGGCAGCAAUCAGGGGAAGAUCCAGGGCACUAAACAAACGAUUGUAACCUUCUUCUUAUUGUAAAACUGCAAGAAAUAUGUCUUAAUGGAAACAAAGUUUUUUUUAUGACUAAUCUUACUGAUUUUGACUAUUUUCAUAUUCUUUUAUCAUUAAAGUGUACAUACUGUGCCUUUU